AUGAGCGCUGCCGGACCCUCAGCAUUGGACGACCAAGUGCUGCGCUUGCGCGGCACCAUUCCGGGCGCGGGGCCGGCUAGUGCGGAAAUGCGACAGCGAGAGUUCGAGUUUUCCAGCGUUCCAGGCUGGCAGAUCAAUGGGCGGCCAGUCUGCGUGAAGGCGCGCCAAGGUGGCCGAACUCGCCCAAGCGACCGGGCUCUAUGGUUCGAAGACGGUUGCUGGUUCUCUGGAUGGAACGAGGACUUCGUGAAGCGGCUCAAGGCGGGCAAGCCUUUCACGGUCAGGAAUCCUGCGGACGAGUUCGUGUACAGCACAUGGCGGUCAGAGGAGACCGAUGUUAUGCAUCCCAAGGACGUCAGGCACUGGUACUUUAGCGACGGCCAGACGUGGACGCCGACCACGCUCAGCAGCGAGCGCGAAGCGGCGGCUCAGCUUCACCGGCAAGGGAGCAAGAGUGCUGCAGCAGGCGAUCCGCCGUGGCUGGUUUCCAAGGCGCUCGCGUUGGCGAGCGGCGAUAGCGACGCGCUGUACUCGGAGCUGGCCGAGCUCAACAAAUGGAGCAGUCAAGAGGAGCUUUUGAACGUGCGUUUUGGCCUGUGGCAAAAAGGCCAAAGCACGUGGACGCCCUUGACCUGGCUUUGCAGUGUUGACGGAAUCGCCGAGGCAAAGACGCUAGUUCGUGGUGGCGACGCGAGCAAUGACCAGCAAAAAUUGCUCGCGGACCCCGAUCAGGGCGACCAGAUCACGGGCGUGGCCCGCCGCCACGCCACGGCGAUCACGGCCGCCAUGCUGGCCGCUCAGCACCUCCGCCUCACCACGGCGACCGAGCGCCUUACCACGGCGGAGGUGGCGGUGGGUUUGGCGCUCCGCGCGAAGGUGUGCGCUACGAUGUCGAUCGCGGCCGGCCCCCGCGCCUCGACGACCGCGAACGGCGCGGCUUUCAUGACGCACGACCUCCACCUCGUCGUCGCUAAACGCUCCCCGCUCGAGCGAGCCGGUGUCACACAAAUCACAAUGCGGUCGCAUUUUAUGUUUGCUUAG